AUGUCUUCCUCCAUAGAGCCGCUCACGGAAGCCCAGAAAGAGCACUUUAAAACAACCGGCUGGUUGAAGUUGAGCAAAUGUUUCACAAAGGAACAAGCUGAACUUGUCACCAAGGACGUAUGGACUCGGUUGGGAAUGGAUCCUAACGACAGGUCAACCUGGAGGCAAGUAACGAACAUGCCCCAUCACCGUACCUUUGACGCCUCCGAAUACGCGCCCAAGGCAUGGGCCGCCAUCUGCGAGCUGUGUGGCGGCGAGGAUCAGGUGGCGCCAGAGUCAAAGGAGUGGAGGGACUCUCUCAUUGUCAACCUGGGCAGCGAGGAAUACGAGGGAACGGAACCCGAUCCCAAGGAGCUGGGCAUCUGGCACGUGGACGGAGACUUUUUCGUUCACUACCUCGACUCCCCGGAGCAAGGCCUGCUCGUGAUCCCGCUCUUCACAGACAUCGUCCCCGGCGGCGGCGGGACUUUCAUCUGUCCCGAGGCGAUGGCCAAGGUCGCGCGGCACCUGUACGAGCACACCGACGGGGUCUCGCCGCGAAUGACCCCGAGAGACGAUCCCGAUUUCUCAAAGGAGAAGAACCUCGACUGGUUCAACGAUCUCGCGAGAAGCUGUGGUGACUUUGUCGAGGCCCACGGGGAGGUCGGCGACGUGUACCUGCUGCACCCCCUGAUGCUGCACAGCGCCUCGCGGAACCCGCUGCGGCGGCUCCGUAUCAUUACGAAUCCGCCGGUAUCCUUGAACGAACCUCACGUCUUCGACAGAUCGGAUGGGUCGUACAGUCUUGUUGAGCAGGCGACCCUGAGGGUUUUGGGCGCUGAGUCGUUGCCCGGGUGGAAGAUCACGGCGCCACGGGAGCCGGUCGUCCCUGAGAGGCUGAAGAUACAGGAGCAGAUGAAGCAGGAAGAGAUCAAGCGUCUUGCAGCUACCGCUUCGUAG